AUGAACUAACCAAAUCAUGUUAUUUCAGAGAAUCUCGUGAUUUCAUAACCACUUUAUGACAAUGACUAAGCAGCAUAAUCUAUAUACGAUAAAUACCUAAGAGACUGUUCUUUAAUACCAAUCAGAUUGAUUGAGGAAUCGAAGGAAACUUAAGAAAGACCCUUUGCAGGAACAAGGCAAAGUAGUUAACAAUAAUAAAAUCAAAGGAAUGGACACAAUGUUUAGGAGUUUAGUUCUUUGGAGAGGGAAUAAAGAAACAGAAACUAAUAAUAAACUAAGAUCAAUAAUAUUAAUAAUAUCAAAAUAAUCAAAUUAGAUAUCCUCAUUAGAAUAUGUAUUAUCAUCAAAGAUAACAGAAUUAGUUGUAAAAUUAUUAUUAUGACUAAUAAUUCCAUUAUCAUUAAAAUAGAAGAAACUACUAAAAUCAUAGAAUGGAAUAAGAAUAUUAUGGCCAUCAUCAAAUGA